AUGCGUUCUCUUGCACUGAGCCUUCUGGCCGCGGCCUCUGCGCUGCUACCGGUGUCUUCCGCCGCAUCAGUUGCCUCGCCGAAGCCGAGCCUUCCCGAACGUCCUCAUGUUGUGCCAGCUCCCUACAACACCGGACGGGACAUGCCUCACUCUCCUCCCCGAGAGAAGGGCCGGUACUGCUACGUCAAGCCUGGCUGUGGAGAGAAGCGAGACGAUGCGCCCAAGAUUCUGGACGCCUUCAAGAAGUGCAACGAUGGUGGCACCGUUGUCUUCGACAAGUCUUACCUCAUCGGCUCGCCCCUGGAUCUCACCUUCUUGAAGCACAUUGACGUGGUCAUCACCGGAUCCAUUGAGUUCAACGAUGACCCUUAUUACUGGGCCGACAACAGCUUCAAGUUCGCCUUCCAGAAUCAGUCAGUCUUCUGGAAGCUUGGAGGAGAGGACAUCAACAUCUACGGUGAUUUGAGCAACGAUCAGUCUGUCAUUGAUGGUCGUGGCCAAGCUUACUGGGUCGCGAUCCAGACGAACAGCAGUCUUCUGAGGCCCAUGCUGUUCUCUUUCGAGGGAGUCAAGGGAGCCACGAUGUCCCACCUUCGCAUGCGCAAUCCGCCGAACUGGUUCAACCUGAUUGCGAACAGCACUGAUGUUCUCAUCAGCAACAUGGAUCUGAGAGCAGAGAGCACAAACAGCACCAAGAUCGCCAACUCAGACGGAUGGGACACGUAUCGCUCCGAUCGAGUUGUCAUUCAGGACUCGUACAUCAUCAACACCGACGACUGCGUGUCUUUCAAGCCGAACAGCUCGAACGUCGUCAUCCAGAACCUUGACUGCACCGGGUCACACGGCAUCAGCGUUGGAUCUCUCGGUCAAUACAAGGGCGAGACUGAUAUUGUCGAGAACCUCUACAUCUACAACAUCACCAUGGCUGACGCUAGCGAUGCUGCCCGCAUCAAAGUUUGGCCAGGGAUUGAGUCUUCUUUCCAGACUCUCCUCAACGGAGGUGGCGGUCUCGGUCGUGUCAGGAACGUUACGUAUGAUCUGUUCAAGAACAUCAACAACGAUCGUGCCAUCACAAUCACCCAGUGCUACGGCCAAAAGAACCAGACUCUCUGCGAAGAGCACCCGGCCAACCUGACCAUCACCGAUAUCACCCUCAAGAACAUUUACGGCACGACCUCGGCAAAGCUUGACCCCCAGGCCGGGACCAACAUUCGCGCCGAAAACGUCACAGUCACCGUGCCGAGCGGAAAACCUCCUGUGUAUGAGUGCAAGAACUUGGAUAACAACCUGUUGCAGAUCAACUGCACCUCCGGAACAGAUGGAGAAAGGGAUAACACUAAUGGUUAG